UUCAUUUUCUUUUUGUGUUCGGUUAAACGUUAGUCCGUUCAUAUUGCAGCAAAUGGAUCCAGUGAAUGGACCACUUUGUCAGCAUUCAAUCAAGUGGAAGCACGUGUAUGUUGAUGAGACGUUCGGACAUCGUUCGAGAUUCUUUUAUGUAAACAACAUAAUGGUUGUGACUAAGCUUUGUACCACUAAGAGUAAAGAGUGAAAUGGCUUAAAGAAAGCUUGCAAGCGACUGCUGAGGAAAAAGUUUAUUUUGAAACGAAAGCUAGCGACCUUGCCAGUGAACUUCGCGACGCGGUCAUGGAAAACAAAAACAUUCGAAUGGAGUUUGAUCAAAUGUUGAAAUACUACUACAGCUCCAACGAACAGAUCAGCGAUAUGGAGAAAGCGUUGGAAAAGGCAGCAGUGAAAUUUUCCGAGUCUCAAGCUCUUGUUGAAAAACUGGAACAAGAUAUGGCGAAAAUCAAACUGCAUUAUUCGUUGGAAGUUAAGGAAUUGGAAAUGAAAGUCAAGUCGAUUGAAAGCAAAAGUGAACAUGUUCAGGUAGUGAAACCGUUUCACUACCAUGACGACGCUGUUGGAAAAGAAUCACCAAGGAAUCGAGCGAAAGAUAUAGAAGCUCCGCCGAAAGAGCACGACGUGAGCAAUUCGAAAGUCCAGCAAAGGUUGCUUGAAGAAGUAGAAAUGACGAGAGGGUUUCGUGUUCUCCUCGACGAUCUUCGCGGUCUGAUGAGUCACAUCAAGGAUUUCAGUGUCUUGAUAAAGGAAAGAAAAGAUGCCGUUACCAUGGCUACCGUCACCAGGACCGCCGAGUUCGAUGACGAAGAGAGUCAUGCCAAUGACGGAGAACACGCGAAAAAAAUGAAUCCGUCAAAAAAUGACUUAAAAACUGUAAAACGUAACAGCAAAAUUCAUCGCAAAAGUUUGAAGUCUGAAAUCGAAACCACGUCAACUUUUGACGUUGAGAAAAUUUCAAGGACGUCGCAUGAACAUACUAAAAAUAAAAGCAAACGGGCUUCGAAAAUUAGGACUCCAUUACAUAGCUCCUCGCCAAAAGGUGAUGGUCUUGAAAGCAUCGAAGACAUAACAGAUGUGACAGAUGAAAAUGGCACGAAUCUCGACGAGAGUGAUGUCAGAAGCGUGGAAUCUAGGAUUGAGGAAGUAAGGACGACGGGAAAACGAAAGUCGAGCAAGUCAAAUCUACCGAAGAACUCUUUCGAUAUGCGCUCACACAUUCAUCCUGAGGACGUCGAAACUCUGUUAAUGCCCCCAGAAGCGCAGGCGAGAAGCCAUGGUCGGGCCAAGGAGAUACUUGACCGUUUGACAUUAAAAGGGCACGAACUAACUCACGGCAAUAAAAAACUUGCGGAGUUGAUAAGCCGUCAGGAUGACGGUAUCAAGAAAUGUUGGGGAGCGAAAACGCACUUUUGAGAAAGCAUUGUGUAUGUACACAUCGUUUCGAUGAAGAAUUUAAGAAGAUGGGAAGAAAAUGAAUGGCAGUGUGUUAUCUGCUCGUGCUGAACCAAAUCCCAAUGAAGUCUGAUGGAAGACUCGUUGCGUUUUGUCUGUAUUAAUUUUUUACUGAUAGAGUUGCUAAUAUCCGCAGUUAACGUCCUUUCAUUAAAGGACUUCUGAUAGCAUAUUAUACAAAAAGUUCGGAAGAGGAGGGAAAGGCUAUUUUGUGUCGUUGACUGAUUUACCUACAUGGGAGAAAUGGAAUAAGUUUUUGGAAGCUAACUAGUGAAGUUACAGCUAAAUUUGAGAACCAGCUACACUGUGAAAUAAUUCAGUGAUGAUAUUAUUGGAAUGGAAUUUGUUACUGAUAAAUAUAUUUAAGCCUCUUUCAAGAAAGGUAAAUUUGGUGCAAUUGUGGGACGAUAAAAGGAACUUAAUAGUACCCUAGUGGUAGAUGAGCCUGAUUCUUUAUACCGUAAAGUGAAAACUAUCAACAGUCCUACUGUAUAUACCAUUUGUGCAAUAUAGAUGUGGCAUCAUCGUGUGAAAAAAUAUCGAUGAAAAACAACAUCCAAAGUAGGUUUGAUCUCAAGUGAAGAACUGGAUAUUCUCUUGAACUUUAUACGGAUGGGAAACAAAUUUACAAUGGCAGAUAUAGUAAAGAUAGUGUGCAUUUAUCAGUCUCAGAAAAUCGAUGAAGGGAAAGAAGUGAAAAACAAAGCUUUGCGUGUUCUAUAGCAAACUCGUGCCGCAAAUAGUUGUCUAGUAAUGUUUAUCAUGAGAAUGUUCAUCGAAUACGAAUAAGUUACAGAAAUAUAAAGGCCCAGAAAAGGUCAUCAGAAUUUGUAAGUGUUUAAAAAUACUUCACACAUAUUGAUUGUAAAUGAAGUAUUAGAAAGUGAUAUGGACAACAUGAAAUGAAGAGAACUGAGAACAGUAUACAGUCACAGAGUGUCUCGAAACGGAACCCGCAUAAAUAAUUAUGAAUUCACCGAAAUGAUUAUGCACAAUGAUAUCACUAGCAUGCAAAACAAGUUAAUGAACUUGACUUUUCUGCCUGGGAUUUCAUAGGGUUUGUAAAGUAUUUAAAGCGAAACAAGUCAAAAGUACUGCAUACAUUGAUUUUCAUCUCAAUUUUGUCACGUUAAAGCUUUGUAAAUGCGAAGCGACAUUAACUAAGUUACAACUGCCACAAAAACGUAAUCACUUUUUCCAUAAAUUGCAACGAACAUAGACAAGCGCAUGAAUAAUCUCACCACGCGGAUUCCGGUUUUUUUGAUGCACCCUUUGUACGUAUGAAAACCUGAAUUUACUGUUGAGACCUUUCCCUGUUUUGUCGAGUGAUGCCAGAAAAGGCGAUGAAAGAUAGGAGGCGACGAUUGUCUUUGUUAUAAAAGGGCUGGGAAAUUAGUACAAUUGUCUUUGUAUAAAUUUACAUUACUAUCAUACACCCAUAUAAGAAUAUGUACGAUUUUUCGCGGCUGCCAAAGAUUCAGUAAAUGUGUACUGAUUUUCAAUGUAAAAUUUCUUCCGUUUGAUGUCGGAAUUUCUUCUUUGGAAUCACUGUUAUCACAUAUAUCAAAAUGAAUUUUCAUUUAUGUGGUUGGAUAUUUUGAUUAGCGACAUCUCCUUUGAAAAAAACAUGUUUUGAUAAACUUUACGUCACCUUCAGUGCUUGAAAUAUUGUGAUUGAAGAGUAAUGGAUGGUUAAAGCCAUGUAGUAUCAUUAUACAGGUUUGGCUCUGUUCACUUACUUUUUGUCAAGGAUGGAACACUCGACUUUUCAACUAAAAGGAAAAUUCUGGUUUGAUAAGUUAACUUCAUUCGAUGAUGUAAAUAAAGUACGCAUGGUUUGGGAACGGAACAAUAAUAACUAUAAAGAUGAUAAAUGAAUAUUUACUAUAUAUGUCAUAUACAUUUUACACAUGCAAUGUGAUGUCUUUGCUCUUGUUCUUGUAAUUGUUCUCAUACUUUUAUCCUGCAUGUUGAUGGUUCACAAUAAACUUGUAUGUAGAUGUA